CUUCUUUUUUCUAUUUUAUUUUCCAGCCUCCUAAUGGUCGGCUGACCAAGGAUGUGCUUCUUGGAGGGGGCGGCACCGGAGACGUCUACAAGGGUCGUCACCAUCGUAGAGGAGUGGUAGCGGUGAAGAUCGCCAACAUCAGCCGAGAUGAAGAGUCAGUCUGCAGGGAGCUGAAGUUUCUCCAGCAGUUCGGCGGCCACAAGAACAUCGCCUCUUACUAUGGAGCCUACUACAGGACUCCACUCACGGAGUGCUCAUCGGAGCUCUUGGAAAUUGUUCUUGAAUACUGUGGUGGCGGUUCUCUCCACAACCUCAUCAGCAAGACCAAUGGCCAAUCCCUGAAGGAGACCUGGAUUGGCUAUGUCUGCAAGGAGGUUUUAAAGGGGCUGCACCACAUUCACAAGAACCGGGCCGUUCAUAGAGACAUCAAGAGCCUGAACAUCAUGCUCACAGAGACGGCCAAAGUCAAGAUCAUCGACUUUGGAAACAGCUGGGACCUGGACCCACAGACUGGAUUGUGCCAUGAAGCAGACGGGACUGCACACUGGAUGGCACCCGAGGCCAUAAGGCAGAAGGGCCAGCGCCUGGCAUACGACACCAAAUGUGACAUCUGGUCGCUCGGGAUAACCGCCAUCGAAAUGGCCGAGGGAAAACCACCUUACGCAGAUCAAUACCCGGUGGAACACCUGAUAAGAGAAGCUCAACCACCGAAGCUUCAAUCAAACAGAUGGUCACAACAUUUUGUGUCCUUCUUGGAGUGGUGUCUGAAGAAGGAUCCUUCAGCGAGAGGGAGUGCUGAAGAACUCCUGCAGCACCCAUUCAUCAGCCAACUGCCACCUAAGAAAAUCGUCAGGGCUGAGUUGGAAGAACAUCUCCUGACCCUGCACAACUGGCCGGCCAAGAAAGGACUGAAGGGAGUAGCUCUCUGGACCCUGAGACAGCUGCGAUGUGCUUGCACACAGACAUCGGCAGAACAAGAAGCAGCUCUGCAAAUGGCCUUGGAGGGCUUCUCCUGUUAUUAAUCUUGUGGCCAAUAACAUCAACAGCCCAGAAUGAGUUUCCUUAAUCACAGCAGAGGAAAAAGAAACAUCCAUAAGAUCAAGUGGCGUCUGCAGCUCCACAAACAUCAUCUCCUUUCAAGCUGAUGCAGCUCAGCAAGUGGUAUCUUCAAGAUUCCUGCAACUACACCAGCAGGAACUUUAUCUCCUUCUUUAGCUCCAUGAACAUAUUCUUUUAAGAGUACCCCAUCUCCACCAGUAGUGUCUUUGCUUCAGUUUAGUUUGC